UAUUUAGUUUUGAAUUGAAUUCGUGGCGGAACGAUCAUCUUUAGCAAACAAUAAUGUUGCGAGUGGUCUUGUCAUUUCUUUUCAUAUAUGUGGCCUUCUCAGAGCCAGAAUGCUCUAGAUUCCACUAUGAAGAACAAACUUUAAACAAGAUGAUUAGAGUGGAAAUAGCGAUGGAGAAAUUGCAGUUGGAUAUGGCUGCCACGCAGCAGCAGGUGUUAGACGCCCUUCGUGGUCUAAGGGAAGAAACUCAGCAGAUUAAAGAUGACUGGAAUAAUGAAAAAGAAAGUCUGAAACGCGAUGUCAAAGACAUGAAAGGGGCGAUUGCUAAUGAUAUAUUGGAAUUCACUAACGAGUUGGAAAAACUAAAAGGACCUGCAGUCGCUUUCAGAAGCAAGGACGUUGCUGAUCUAACACCAAACAGCGGUGACACCCUUGUGUUUCAGACGACGAUGCUGAACGAAGGUCUCGGGUAUGAUAAUACUACCGGGAUAUUCACUGCGCCGGUAGGAGGAACGUAUAUCUUUACUGUCCAAUUUUGUGUUGUCGGCGGAAAGAAUAUGUAUUACGUGAUAGUUGCUGAUAAUGAAGAAAUAAAGAAAGGGUGGUUCUGUGAUGCAAAGUGGACCGCCUGUUACUCUGCUGAUGCUGUAGUCGUUCUUAAACAAGGUGCUCGUGUUCAGGUGAAAUGUUCGUCCUCUUCCAGUCUUUUGUCUUCCAACAGUAACUACUGGAAUACAUUUUCUGGUGUUUUUGUGCACGCUUAGACUCUACUUUUGUUUAACACAAAUAAUCUAUCUGGAUUACACUUUUACACAAAUUACAUACUGAAAAACUAUUCAUAUGUAAAUUGAUACUUUGGUCUAAAAUUCACAUACGGAUGAGCUUAAGAAGAAAUAAAAAUUAAUGUUUAAUGCAGGAUCUGUCUGUUCUUCCUGGAUAUUCCAUAAAUGAAUUGAUAGUGUUGCUAUAAACUAAAUAUACAGCAAAAAUAACCGUAUAUCUCGAAUGGGUUUAGAUAAUUCGCAUUGCCGAUCUGCACCAAGGCGACCAGAGAUAGAAGUAACAUGGAGCCAAUUUUAGAUUUUAAUAGCAUUAGUGGUAUGAAAUGUGAUAUGUAUCAAAAGAUGCAAGUUACCUUAACUGGACACGGAAACAUAAACAAAUUAUGUUUUUUGUGAAAGACUCAUAAAACGGUGUUAUUAAUGGCAGAUUAAUUACUCAAAGCCAAUGUUUCUAUGUUUAGUAGAAGCUUAGUUGAGUAAACUGUCACGCUUAAACAUACAUGAAAUUUCACGAAGACACCAAAGACAAACCACUAUUUCUUGGAUAUCGGGGGAACAAACUGUUAAAGUGCUCUCUCUUUCGUAAUAAAAGGGAGCAUGGACGUGAACAAGCUGAGAUAAAGACUUUUACUUGAUAUAUUAAUUAAUAAAUUUAAUUUAAGUUAAUAUCUUAUGAAUCUCACAUUUCUUGUGCGAGACUGACGCUGUACAUACUUAAUACACUAUACUGCUGUAAAUAAAUACUACCUGGAAGUCACUGAA